CCAGGUUGCUACAGGGCAGCUUCAUUGUUUUGUUUGAAGUGGAUUCCUAAGACAUCAGAUGUUCUCAUUUGUAAGUUCAUAAACACAUUCCUAAGCCCAAAGUAAAUGAUUUUGUCUUAGCCGCAGCUCAAAACACUUAAAAAAAAAAGACUCCACACAUUUUUUAUGGGACUUGAAUAGUGGAACUUGAAACUUGUAAGGGAUUGAAAAUUGCUAAAUAAGAACUGCUGUUUCGUUGGGAUAGGUUUAGUACUGAGCACUGUGCUACUGCUUUGAAGAUAGACACAUCCGAAGAAGGUGUUGCUGAAAUGUAGGGAAGGGCAACAUGUAACAAAAGCUUAGCUGUGUGUGAGCAGUCCAAGAGAGGGAGAGGUUCUUACUCUUCAGGUGUUGAAGAUUUCAGAGAGUGAUGUUUGAACUAGCUGUGGAGGGGUGUGUGAAAAGCAGAGGACCUUUUAUGAUGUCUGUGAGGACCAGUAUGACCAGUUUUUGUUCAUCAUCAUAUCCUCUGGCUAGCACAAUGCUUGGUGCAGAGAUUGUGUCCAAGAAAUUCAGGCUGAAUGAAUGAACCAGUGAGUGAGUUAUGAGGAAAGAGGAAAGAAUAGAUUGCAGGUAGGGUCCUGAGCAAAGACGCGAGUAGGCGAGGUGUCAUGUUGAAAGGUAUAAUGGAAAGCAGACGCAGUUUCUAUGCAGAUUUUGGACCUCUGAACUUGGCAAUGGUGUACAGAUACUGCUGUAAACUAAACAAGAAACUAAAAUCAUACAGUUUAUCAAGAAAGAAAAUUGUGCACUAUACCUGUUUUGACCAGCGGAAAAGAGCAAAUGCAGCGUUUUUGAUAGGUGCUUAUGCUGUAAUCUAUUUAAAGAAGACGCCCGAAGAGGCCUACAGAGCUCUCCUAUCUGGCUCAAACCCCCCCUAUCUUCCAUUCAGGGAUGCUUCAUUUGGAAACUGCACUUACAAUCUCACCAUCCUCGACUGUUUACAAGGAAUCAGAAAGGGAUUGCAACAUGGAUUUUUUGACUUUGAGACAUUUGAUGUGGAUGAAUAUGAACAUUAUGAGCGAGUUGAAAAUGGUGACUUCAACUGGAUUGUUCCAGGAAAAUUUUUAGCAUUUAGUGGACCGCAUCCUAAAAGCAAAAUUGAAAAUGGUUACCCUCUUCACGCCCCCGAAGCCUACUUCCCUUAUUUCAAAAAGCACAACGUGACUGCAAUUGUGAGACUGAACAAAAAGAUUUAUGAGGCGAAGCGCUUCACCGAUGCUGGCUUUGAGCACUAUGACCUCUUCUUCAUUGAUGGCAGCACGCCCAGUGACAACAUCGUGCGACGGUUCCUGAAUAUCUGUGAGAACACCGAAGGCGCGAUUGCGGUUCACUGCAAAGCUGGUCUUGGAAGAACAGGAACGUUGAUAGCCUGUUAUGUAAUGAAGCACUACAGGUUUACACAUGCUGAAAUCAUUGCUUGGAUCAGGAUUUGCCGGCCAGGCUCCAUCAUCGGACCCCAACAGCACUUCCUGGAAGAAAAACAAGCAUCACUGUGGGUCCAAGGUGACAUUUUCCGAUCCAAACUGAAAAACAGACCAUCCAGUGAAGGAAGUAUUAAUAAAAUUCUUUCUAGCUUGGAUGAUAUGACUAUUGGUGGAAACAUAUCUAAAAUCCAAAGCAUGGAAAGAUUUGGAGAGAAUAAUUUAGAAGAAGAUGAAGAUGUGGAAGUGAAAAAUAAUAUUACCCAGGGAGACAAACUACGUGCCUUAAAAAGCCAGAGACAGCCACGCUCCUCACCAUCCAGUGCAUUUAGGGCAGAUGAUGUGAAAGGGCCCCCAAGAGCAGUGUUCCAGCCUUUCAGAUCAAGUUCUUCUCCACAAGGACCUGUGUCUACUUUGAAGACUCCAAAAGUGGCUUUGUCCCCUUCAGUGACAGCCAAGAGGAUAAACAGAGGUGCAUUGUCUUCCGGCAUCUGUGUAAGAAGCUUCGCCAUAAACUCCAGGCUAGCCAAUUCUCUGGGGAACCUGAAUGCGGCAGCAGAUGAUCCUGAGAAUAAGAAGAUUCUCUCACCCUCCAAGGCAGCUUUUACGGCCAACCCAUUUACCAACCUCCUGAAUGGCAGCUCCCAGCCACCAGCCAGGAACUACCCUGAACUCAACAAUAAUCAGUACAACCGAAGCAGCAACAGUGGCAGUGGGGCCAACCUGAACACCCAGCCUGGUCCCCACGGCGCCAAGACCGAAGAGCAUGUCCCCAUCAUCCGGCCCUGUUACACCGGGCUUUCUUCCUCUUCUGCGAGAUUCCUGAGCCGGUCCAUCCCCGUAAGUUGCCCAACACCACCUGUUCAUCCUCAGAACCCUGAAGGCAACUUUUGUGUCCUCCCUUCCCACCAGAGGCUUCUACCAAAGAAGCUGAAUAGUGUCAAGGAAGCCUUCUGAUCACUGCCUCCCUCUGUGCUGUGAAACUCUGUGCUCUGCAUUCUCCUGGCUCCUCAUCAAGUAAACGCCAAGUUUCAACUGGGUUUUCUUCUUUCUUUUUCUAUCCUACCCUUCUUUUUAAAUGAUCUCUCUUAAAAGAGAAACAACUUUUGUCCCUUCAUAUGAAUGCUGUUGAUUUGAACUCCUUUCCAAUUAAGUUUCCAACUUGCUCUGAUAUCUGGUACAAAGCCAGUAGCAGAUCGAUGCAAUCAAAAGCAUUUGCUUUGAUUGUGGGAGUAUUAGGAGUUGCGGCUUUUUCCACAUCAGUAUGUCACCAGUGAUUAGAUGUGGAGUAUUCAAAUGUGGAAAGUGCUGAGUAAACAAUAUUUUUCUAGAACUAUGUGUCCGGCCCUUGAUUGCUCUAGCGCCCUCUUCCAGAAACUGACCCAGACUUAAGUGGCAGUGAGGCUCUUUAUAAGAUAGGCUUGGAGGUACAUAGUUGGGAUACAAAGGGAGGAGCAGGCAGAAUAUCAGAAAAAUGAUAGACUAGUGAUCCUUCUAGAGACAGGUUAGAAGGUCUCCAAACAUACCUUACUAAUUAAUUAGGUCUUUAGACUACCAAUCUCCUUUUUUAAUGAUCAACAGUCUCUGUGAGGGUAAAGUCCUUGGCCAAUUUCCUACUAUAAGUUUAGUAUUUUAUUUCCUCUAAGCAGUUCUGAGAGCUGUAGGAAUGUGAAUUUUGAUUUGAUAGGAAAAAGGACAAAUAGAAGGCAAACUCGAUGCCACAUGUCAGGGAAACAUGAAGCAUGGUAGACACAAUGAUUGCGUUUGAGCACAAGCAAACCCAUGUCCUGAAAGUUUCUGACCUGACACUCUACACACUCAAUUCUGUGCCUCAGGCUCAUUCAGAGAGGCUACUUUCUGCAGAGACAAUGAUGAGGGAGAAGGAAAAGAGCUGCUGCACAUGCAGCUUGUGGCCCAGUAGUAGACUGUAGUGAAAUGGGCUUUGGGGCCCCCUUUCCUUAGGACGCACUAGAUUAGGGUGCUGGCCAACUGUGGGCCCACUUACUCACUAAUCUGAUUCUAAUCUCAGUAAAUUGAGUAGAUGUAUACCAUAAAAACUUAAAUCUCUGCAGCUGAUUGGAUGCAAAAGGAUAACGUCUUUAGCUUUUCUGUAACUGUUUACUAAUCAUGCAAAUCUGUUAGUACUGUCAUACUGAUUGUGGAUCAGCCUCUCUUUUGGGUCAGAAUGCAGAUCUUUAUAUUUUCAGAAAAAGUGUUAUGGAUGAUUAUAUAAGUGUUUUGCAGAUUUCAUUGGUAAAGGUUCUGUGUCAUCCGCAGUUGGAGCCCAAUGCCAGAAGCAUUGGUAGUUUGAUAAGAAUUGGGUUCUACAUUUUCAGGCUUGGUUUUCUUCAUUGUUGGUAGCAGCGUGGGUGCUUCUUUGACAGAUGUUGACAACUCCCCAGUGAUGUUUAUAUAACUUAGUGUUGGCCUCAUCCGGUAUUUUGUUACUUCUCUUCACCUUCCCUCCUCCAUAUUCUUCUUUUGGCUGUAAAAGGGUGAUUUUCUAAUAAUUGAAUUUAAAGUAGCAGCCUGUGUGGGCAGUUGCUGCUACUCUCUGCUUCUCCCUCCUGAAUUUGUAAACUCAUGGUAAAGAAAAGCAUUUAUAAACAGAAUUGCCCGCAUAGAAACAUUUUCCCUUGAAAGUAGGGAGAUGCAGGUCUCUCGUGACAGACCCUCCCUCCUCUAACCUUGCCAGGGGGUCCUCUGGGAUAGGAAACGCCGAGCCCUCCCUCUGCUGCCUUGCUGGCAGUGAGUCCAAAUGAACCGGGCAGUUCCCUCUCUGGAAUAAAGUAGAAGGUUGUGGGUUGUUUUCAUUUAUGUUCCAUUGCAGGUUUUCUAAUUGUUAAGGGCUCUUUGUCCGAUAAAGUUGGCCUCCUUUUGGUGAUGCUAAACUUAGGAUGCCCUUAAUCACUCAAUAAAAAAAUGUUCUAAAAUCCUUAGGGAUGAAAAUGAAGCCUACAAGGUAAUAUCCUCCCAGUACCUUUCAGAAAGACCCAGAAAUUCCUGGGGAGGAGGGUGACGGGUGUUUAGAGGGAGUCUAAUAUUUUAAAAGCUACAAUUAGCAUCUCUUUUGAAAGCUGCAAUUGCUCUCUCACUUUUUGCAGCAGUUCAACCCCCAGAAAAAUGUAAAAAUGAUUUCCUUGUUCUGUCAUUAAAUGCUUCCACACAGAAAACAGGAAUAAACGUUGAGGAAUCCUUGUGGUUGUGACAGAAUACUAAGAAACAGUCAGAUUUUAUUUUUAUUAAUGUGACCUCCUGUGCUAGUCUCACAAUCUCCACUGCCCAGUGCAAUGCAUAAGGUUUCAUUUUUGUCGACCCAGUUACUGUAAAAAAUGAGUUUCACUCCCUGACAGAGGAAUUUUCAAAUGCUUAAGAAAUGAGGGACAUGUAAUUAGGGUGUAGGUGGGGUGGAAGUAUUUUAUUAAAUUGAAAUGACUUGUGGUAUCUAUCUUGAAUAUUUGCCAUGUUAUAUUUUUAUGAUACUUAUAGAGUUGCUAAUCAUCUCCUUUGUCCUUACCUGACCCCCGGCGGUGUAGGUCAUGGUGCUUCCCCCAUGAGCUUCUGUGUCCCACCUUGGUCUUGUCGUAAUGCUGUUCUCACUCUGAAUUACAUCCUCCACUAGACGACGUCCACUAGAUGAUGAUGAUGUACAAACAGAAAUGACAUCUCUGGUUUCCAUAGUUCUGGGCUUUGUGCUUGGUAUAGAGUAGACAUCUUGAAAGUAUCUUUGGAUUGGAUAAAAGAAGGAAUGAAUGUUUAAAUGUAGUAAGAAUGAUUACGUUUUGUUUUAAGAUAAAAAUCUUAAGGAUAUGAGAUAUUUUGUGUAUAAUUGUACUGCAAAUAUGCAAAAGAGCCAUAAUUAGAACCUAGGUGAGUUUGACUCAGCAAGGCAGUCUUUGUACAGGUAAAAAUAGAGGACUAUCUAAUGGAUGUCUCAUUUUGUAAAUAAUGGUCAGGGAAGCUGUGAAGAAAGGGUAAUAUUUUAUUUGAGCUUUGUAAGGUGAUCCCCACUAGGGAUCUAGGCAUAAAAGUAGAAGGGGAGGCAUGGCCAUUUUAUUUAGUGGGAACAGCAAGAGCAAGGUGUAGUUAGAUUCUUAGAUUCGGAAGUACUGUAGUUCUUAGUACUCUAGUUAAGUUGGUUAUUGAAGACACAUACAUCUGCAUUCACAGUCUACCUCUGCCACUUCUGUUCAGGGAGAAAAUGGCAAUUUAUCUAGUGUCUUACUCUGAGUAAAAUGAGAAUUGUAAUAAUGAGAGGCAGAUCGUGUGUAUGUGUGUGUGUGUGUGUUGCACUAUUGUGCUUACCUUGAUGUCUUGAAGCUCAAACAACUUUGUAGAACUUACGGAAUACAAGUAUUUAUUUUUUGUAGGUUUUUAUGCAAACAUUUGACCUUGUAAGGGAUUGUUGACCUGUGUGGAGUAUUAACUCUUGUGUCGUAGUAAUGAUUAUAUAUCUAUGUAAUCAGGUAGACACAAUAUUUAAUAGUGGUAAGUCAGUGCUCAUGUGGAGUAUUCUGCAGUGCUUAUUGAUAGCACUCAAUAAUGAUUAGCUACUUCUGUUCUAACAGCUGAGUAGUCCUGUGUAGCUAAAGCUGGGAGUUACAUGAAAAUGAGUCUGUAAAGUUAAACUGAAGCUCAGCUGGGAAGUUAGUGUGUGUCCUGGGAGUUUUGUAAGCGGGAGUGACUUGAUGGCUCUGAUGUGGGGAAGAUAACUGUGGCAGUCAUGUGGUGGAGCUCUGGGUGGAAUGCCCUUGAGCUUUCUUUGUUGUCCUCAGCUUCUGCAUAGGCAGGUAUCCAUGAAGAAUGGUAUUCUUAUUUAAUGAUUAUUCUGGGUUUCAACACACAUUAUAGUACUGACACUAUUAAAUAGUUGUAUUCAAUAUGAUAACAAUGAUGAAUGUCAAUUUUUAAAAAAUUUAUUAUAGUAAAAGACAUGUUGCUAUUAAUUCCCCACAAAAUACUGCCCCUUACUUUGGACACACCUCUCUUAACAGUCUUGCCACAUUCAGAAACAAUUCUAGAAGUCCUCUCUUUUAGCUGCAGUGUUACUGAUGCCUUGAUGUCUUGGAUUGACUCAACAUAUUUACCUUUCUCAUAUGGUCAUUUUGACUUGGAGGAAGAGAUAGAAGUUGCAGUUUCGCCAUGACAAGUCCAAUGAAUAAUGUGGAUGAAGACACACCAUCUCUUAUUUUGUGUGUUUCCCUUUCCAUUGGAUAGUGCCUGGAAACAGCAUUCACUGUAUUUUUUUAAUCUCACCUCAUAAAGACACUCAUGAAAGAGAGUUUCCACAACUGCUUCAGAAAAUGAAUAACAAUAGGAUAAGUAUAUUCAAUGGGAAGUAGAGUAUUUUUUGUUGGUAUCAGGGAUUGAACUCAUGAACUUGCACUUGACAGGCAGGCAUUUAUACCACUGAGCUAAGCCCCCAGCCUCAGAAAUGGAGUAAUUUAGAGGGUAUUCAUGGCAGUGUGUCUUUAUUACAGUAAUUUUAAAAAAUUCAAGCAUUCACCUAUUGAUCACACUUUGUAUAUAGUCAGUAUUGCUAGUAUAUUUUAUUAUGGAUUUUAAAUGAUAUUUUUAUAAAUUAAAACUACCUAAAGAAAAUUAUGGUCCUUAGUUAUUACUGUUUUACAAAAUGUGAACAUUUUGGGAGUGGUAAAACAGUGUGCUUUUUAGGAAUUGUAAAACAGUGUGCUUUCUUAUAAAGGAUGCAUAUGUAGUCAGUUUGGUUACCAGUAAUUUUUGUCACUUCUGUUUUGUGGAUAAUACUAAUACUGCAUUUGGGAAGCAGUCUUUUAGAACAAGGUCUUAUUGUAUUUGCCUAUAGGGUUUCUAAAUAUAUGUAAUGAUAAGCUACCCUACAGUAACUUCUUCAAAAAGCUGCAUUGGAUAUCACCUGUUAAAAUCUUUUUUUGUGACUUAAAAGUUAUUGAAUAACCUCCAUUAGGUUUUGUCAUUCAUGGUUAUAUUUUAACCUUUGAAUAUUUCUGAGAAUAUUCUCGUGGUAAAGGCUGUAGGUUAUAUCAAUGAUAACGCAGUUUUUGGAAGAGUCCCCAUUUCUCUUUAUUAUGCUGUUUCUUCAUUCCUUAUGUGUGUCUUUGCAUCUUUGAUAAUCUUCCUAAUUUAGUCUCUUUCCAUCUUUAAUUCAUCCUUCAAAGUAGGUCUGGCAAGCUUUUUCUUUAAAGGUACAGAUGAUAAAUAUUUUGUCUUUUGCCCUAAUUGUUCAUCCCAGUGCCCAAAUGAAUGGUGUGGCAAAGCAUUGCCAGAUAAUGCUGAUUAUUCACCUGUUCAAAAAUGAUUAGUGUGAUGACAGGGCUAAAAAGAAAAUCCUGAAUUCCUUUGUAGAACUUUCAGGCCCUGCAUACUGUGUUCCCUGGUGUAUCUGUGCAUUUGCAUGUUCUCUGUCUCCAAACAUUGUGUUCCUUGUCCUCUUCUCAUGCUAUGUUCUCACCUGCUCCUGGAUUGGGAAAACCUUUCUUGGAAGACCCCUGACCUUUUUUUUUUUUUAAACUAGCUACUCAUCUUUAAAGACAUUUAUUUCCUUCUCUGCACAGCUCUUCUCAAUAAAUUGAAGCCACCUAAUGUUUUCCUUUUUAACUCCUGUUUCCCUCCAUGCUGAAUAUUGAGUACUUGAUUCUUAGCCACAUGUAGUGUCAUUAUUACAUGCAUGAACACCAGCAUUUAUUUGCGUGUUGUUCAUAUAUUCCAGAUUGCUUCCAAAUUUUAAACUUACUUUGUACAGAUAUUUCAUAAAGUUCUUUAUGUUAUAGUUUCUAACAUGUUACUAGAUAUGAAAAGGAAUAAAAAAUUAAAAUAUUUGCUCGGUUUAAAGUUGCAGGAAAAUUGAAGUGAAGUAGUAGGUAUCCUUAGUUUACCUUAGCAGUCUUAUCCCAUGGUCAAAUCUGGUUUAAAUCUGGUAGUUCUCUGUUCCCGCGCCGGUGGACCUUGUUGUACUCAGCCCGUUUGGGCUGGUUUAUCGGUGAGGAGACUGGGUGAGUUCUCUGUCUCAAGUGUGAGUAGUGUAAGAAUAAUCUUAGUAGCCUGUGAAUAUGUUCUAUUAUUAAGCAGUGUGUAGAUGUAUCUUAGGGAAUUGCUGAUGUGUAAAGUGGAAUUUAGAAUAAAAUAAAAAUACCGGAUUCAGCUUCACAAAAUUCCCAGUUUGAUGAAAAUCACUGGGUGAGUAACCUGUGCAUUAGUGCACAUUCCAUCCUUGCUUUGGAAUAAUGUUACUGGUGACAGUAGUAAACUACUUACUGAGUAUUUGAACAUCCAUUCCCAGUAAAAUGCCUCUACUUUCCCAUGGCAUGUAAUAGCGUCUCCUGAUUUAAACCUUAUGCCUUUUCCACUGUUUUCUGCUAUUCUGUUUUAAAUACACAAUCACCGCUUGUGAUUUUAAAUGUGAUAUUUAUUCAUAUUACUUA